AUGCCUUCCUCUGACUUGGAUCCAGGCUUUCCUCUCCUGGCUGGCUUGUGGAUGGAUCGCUCCGGGAGGAUCGGGAGGAAAAUGAAGUCGGUCUUCUUGCUGGCUCUCUUCUUCACCUUCCGAGGUGCGCUCUGUAAGAACCUGAAGUACAGCAUCUACGAGGAGCAGCUGGUGGGCUCUGUGGUGGCCAGGUUGGCCGAGGAUGUGGCCGAUGUAUUGUCUAAGUUACCCAACCCUUCUUGCCAUCCGAUUCAAAGCCAUGCAGCGGGGGAACCCUCCUCUGCUCCUGGUCCAGGAGGACAACGGGGAGAUCACCAUCGGCCACAAGAUCGACAGGGAGCAGCUGUGUCAGAAAAACUUGAACUGCUCCAUAGAGUUCGAUGUCAUCACCUUGCCCACCCAUCAUCUGCAGCUGUUCCAUGUAGAAGUUGAGGUACUGGAUAUCAAUGAUAAUGCCCCCCACUUCUCCAGGUCUCUCAUCCCCAUUGAGAUAUCUGAGAGUGCAGCUGUGGGCACCAGGAUCCCCCUGGACAGCGCCUUUGACCCUGAUGUUGGAGAAAAUUCCCUCCACACCUAUUCUCUUUCUGAAAACGAGUAUUUUAAAAUCGAGGUGAAGACCAGGACCGAUGGCGCUAAAUACGCAGAACUUAUCGUGGUCAGGGAGCUGGACAGGGAGCUUCAAUCCAGCUAUGAGCUCCAGUUGACUGCUUCAGAUAUGGGGGUGCCCCAGAGGUUCGGCUCAGCCAUCCUUAAAAUAAGUAUCUCUGAUUCCAAUGACAACAGCCCAGUUUUUGAACAAAAGUCGUAUGUGAUCCAGCUACCUGAGAAUUCUCCUGUUGGGACCCUGCUCAUUGACCUCAAUGCUACAGACCCAGAUGAGGGUGCCAAUGGAAAGGUGGUCUACUUAUUCAACAACAACGUUUCCCCCAAAAUUACAGAUACCUUUAGGAUGGAUCCAGAGAAAGGUCAGCUGACUCUAAUGAAGCAAGUGGACUAUGAGACAACUAAAUCAUAUGAGAUUGAUGUCCAGGCCCAGGACAUGGGUCCAAACUCAAUCCCUGGCCACUGUAAGAUCAUUAUCAAUGUUGUGGAUGUGAAUGAUAACAAGCCUGAAAUCAAUAUCAAUCUGAUGUCUACUGGCAAAGAAAUUGCUUAUAUUUCAGAGAGUGCACCUCUGGAUACCUUUGUGGCCUUGGUAAGGGUGCAGGAUAAAGAUUCUGGACUCAAUGGGGAAAUUGUAUGCAAACUACAUGGCCAUGGGCAGUUUAAGAGCUGCAGAAGACUUAUGAAAACAACUAUUUGAUAUUAACAAAUUCCACGCUGGAUAGAGAAAAAAGGUCAGAGUACAGCCUGACUGUAAUAGCCGAGGACAGGGGGCUGCCAAGUCUUUCCACAGUUAAACAUUUUGCAGUACAGAUAAGUGAUGAGAAUGACAACCCACCACAAUUCCAGACAAGCAGAUAUGAGAUUGUCAUCGUAGAGAACAAUUCACCUGGAGCCCAUAUUACAUCUGUAAGGGCUACAGAUCCAGAUCAAGCUGAAAAUGGACAGGUGACAUAUGUCAUUCCCGAAAGCUUCAUUCAAGGUAGUUCCAUAACAACUUAUGUGACUAUUGAUCCUUCAAAUGGUGCAAUAUAUGCUCUCAGGGCCUUUGACCAUGAAGAAGUAAAUCAGGUUAUCUUCACCGUCCAGGCAAGGGAUAGUGGAAUUCCCCAGCUUGCCACCAAUGCUACAGUGGUUCUUACUGUUGUUGAUGAAAAUGACAAUGCCCCAGUGAUUGUGACUCCUACUCUGCACAAUAACACAGCCAAAAUUGCAGUCCCAAGGGAUGCUGAAAGUGGAUAUUUGAUCACUAAAAUUAGGGCCACGGACAGAGACUCUGGCAUGAACUCUGAACUUAGCUGUACCAUAACAUCCGGGAAUGAAUAUGACAUUUUCAUUAUAGAUCCCAAAUCUUGUGAAAUCUACACUAAUAUGAGUAUGGAGAGUUUCCCUUUCCAAGACUGGGAGCUUCAAGUGUCAGUUCAAGACAAGGGGACACCUCAACGUACCACUAAAGCACUUCUUAAAUGCCACAUUAUUGAAACUUCUGAUGCUGCUGGCAGUACUGAGGCUAGUUAUGUUAACCAGGCCUCAAUGGAUGUCUCAAUGAUCAUUAUCAUUUCCUUGGGGGCUAUCUGUGCAGUUCUUUUAGUCAUCAUGGUCAUUUUUGCAACAAGGUGCAACAGAGAAAAAAAGGACAAUCGAUCUUACAAUUGCAGAGUGGCAGAAUCUACAUACCAAAAUCACCCAAAGAGGCCUUCCAGGCAAAUCCACAAAGGGGACAUUACUCUAGUGCCUACCAUGAAUGGUACACUGCCAAUUAGAUCCCAUCAUAGGUCAUCUCCUUCCCCAUCCCCUACUUUGGAACGUGGCCAGAUGAGCAGCAGGCAAAGUCAUCACAGCCGCCAAUCACUCAACAGUCUGAUGACAAUAUCAUCUAAUCAUGUACCAGAUACAUUCGCACUGGAACUGACUCAUGCUACGCCUGCAGUGGAGGUAUCCCAAUUGCUCUCCAUGCUUCACCAGGGACAGUAUCAGCCGAGACCAAGCUUUCGUGGAAACAAAUAUUCAAGGAGCUACAGAUAUGCCCUCCAAGACAUGGAUAAAUUUAGUUUAAAAGACAGUGGACGUGGCGAUAGUGAAGCUGGAGACAGUGAUUAUGAUCUGGGCAGAGAUUCCCCAAUUGACAGACUUCUGGGUGAAGGGUUCGGAGAACUUUUCCUUACUGAUGGGCACAGAAUUCCUCCAGUUAUGAGAUUUUGUACAGAUGAAUGCCGUGUUCUAGGACAUUCUGAUCAAUGCUGGAUGCCACCACUCCCUUCGCCAUCAGCAGAUUACAGAAACAACAUGUUCAUCCCUGGAGAAGAAGUUCAGGCCCUUCAGCAGCCCCAGCCAAAUAACCAGCAACCAACUCAGCAGCAAACCUCUGCACUUGAAGAGGAAGUUCUUCCAUUAGAUCAGAAUGAGAAGAAGAAGAGUUUUUCCACGUUUGGUAAAGAGGCCCAGGAUGAGGAGUCAGCUGAAACUUGCACUUCUUCCCUCCUUACUGAAAUGAGCAGUGUUUUCCAACGCUUGCUACCUCCAUCUUUGGACAACUACACUGAAUGUAGUGAAGUUGACCGCUCAAACUCUUUAGAACGAAGGAAAGGGCAAGUGCCUACUAAGACUUUAAGUUACCCCCAAGGGGUUGCUGCAUGGGCAGCUAACACACAUUUCCAAAAUCCCAACAAUGUUGGUGGACCUUCUUUAGGAAAUCAUUCCAGUGCACAGCCGUCCUCUAAGUGGUUGCCAGCUAUGGAGGAAAUACCAGAGAACUAUGAGGAAGAUGACUUUGACAAUGUCCUCAAUCAUCUCAAUGAUGGUAAACACGAACUUAUGGAUGCUAGUGAACUUGUGGCAGAAAUUAACAAAUUGCUUCAAGACGUGAGGCAAAAUUAA